AUGGUAAACACACCAAGCAAAAUCAUUGCUGACACCCCUGGCAAAACAGUGACUGCUAUCAGAAAAAUUAUUUCUGCUAGUAAGUCAGCUGACAGCGUUUCAACUUACAAGUCUGGAUAUAUCCCAGCAAUUGAUGAAGGUAGUUCAGUGUCAUCACAGACUAAACCUUUAGAUAAUAAUCAAAGUGGUUCUGGAAAUGACCCAGUUUCAUCACAAACUAAACCCUUGGAUAACAACCAAGGUGGUUCUGAAAAGAACCUAGAUGCUAUUCUUCACGCCAUCACUUCAUUGGGUGAGAGAAUUAAACAUCUUGAAGCAGUUCCACCCAUCCUUCAAGAAGCUGAUCAACUUGAUGACAACUCUGAUGAGGAUUCUGCUGAAGAUUCCACUGGUAAACAUUGGGGUAUGUCAACAAUCAAGGAGAUUAGAAGACACUAUGAAGUUGGCGACAGAUUAGCCGAUGGAGAUGUCUUAAGUUUUGUUUCAGCCAAAACUCUUCGUCGUUAUCAAACCAAUGAUGCUCUUUUGAAUAGAGUUCAAUCAUUAAUGGCUAGAUUUGAAUCCGUUAUUCAUAAUCAUCGUACUUAUCCCCGUUUGCAAGAAAUCCAAUCAAAGGGCUUGCAAAAGAUGAUGGAAAUGUUGCAUUUGAAAUCUAGACUACUCCAUUUCGCUUUAAGUCACCCAAUGAACGUUGCUAACAUCAUGAAAUCACAGAAUUAG